AUGGCGUCGGGUCGAGGCUGCUCGCCGCUGGUGCUGUGUGCGCUGGUGCUGCUGGUCGCGGGCGCGUGUUUUUUCUCGUUUCUCGGCUUCCUCUUUCUCUGCUCGGCGGACACGCUCCCGCUGUCGGCGGCGACAAAGCGGACUGCGUGCAUUGCGGCGCUCUCUGCGGCGCUUCUGCACCUGCUCGUUCUCUUCGCGAUGCUUUUUCUCCGCUCAAAGCCCAAGGGUUGGCUGCGCGAGCGCCUCAGCGCGCAUCCUGCCGGCCGCGCGUUUUUCCUCUUUCUUGACGACUUUUCUUCGCGCUUGCUGCCGCGAGGGGGUCGAGAGCGCCGCGAGGAGGAAGACCGCGACAGGGGCAGCGGCAGCCAGGCGAGCGAGUGCGACUUGAGUGCGCAGACGUACUUUGGCGGCCGCGCGCACCUGAACCAGCAGACCUUCCGCACGAAUCGAGGCAAGCGAGACAACCUCCGCGACGAGCGCGACGCGCUUCUCACAGCUCGCGACGAGGACAUCCGCGCGAGAGACGCGCUGCUGCGGCCCUGGGCAGACAGCGGGAGCGGAGAGCCCGGCGACCCCCUCGAGAAACGGAACCCGGCCGUGGGCGCGGCGGCCUCUUCUUUCGACUUCCAGUUGCCACUGGGAGAUGUGGCGCUGUCCAAGCAGGCGGCCGCAUCCAUCGCGGACACGCAGCUGCUGUCGCCUUGCUCCACCGCCUCCUUCUCCAGCGAGCAGGCGCGCGCCUUCGCCGCGUCCUCGCCUUCGUCAUUUUCAUCGCUUUCUGAUCCACUGUCGCCAACUCACGCCUGUCUCUCGGGGUCUGCGUCCGGCAGCGCCGAAGGAGACGCGCUCGCCGCAAAGACGCGAGGCCGCGGCGACGUGCCGCUCACGGUGGGCUGCGGAGCCCUUCCCGCGGGCGCAAGCCUCCUUGCAGAGGAAAGAAGAGACGCCCCCCCGCAAGUAGAGCUGCUGAGUUGGUGA